GGGAGUUGUCUUUAGCAAGAACAAACUCGCCUUUUCAUACAGUUUGACAGCAUUUGAUGUGUUAUUAUCUAAAGAGGAGUGUGGUGUUAUUCUAAAUAAGACAGUGUUUACUAUACAUUGGUGAUACUAUUUCUACUGAAGCUUCCACAUAUUUAAGCUGGUUAAUUAAUUAUUAACUGGCUAAAAUAUGCAAAACUACGCAGAGACAAUCAGGCACUUAUUAAAGAGGCACGCGACCGGUCUCGCCGUUGCUUGUGUUGCAGGAGCAGGCAUACUGGCCUUGCGCAGGUGGCUGGCUGGGGGAGUGUGUCGGAGCAAGGUCAGACUAGAUGGGAAAACAGUCCUGAUCACAGGAGCCAACACUGGCAUUGGCAAGGAGACGGCCCUGGAUAUGGCCAAGCGAGGAGCCAGAGUGAUCCUAGCCUGCAGAGACAUGACCAGAGCCUGCAUUGCGGCUGAAGAGAUCCGGCAGCAGAGUGGAAACGGCAACGUGGUGGUAAAGAAACUGGACCUCGCCUCCCUGCAGUCUGUCAGGGACCUGGCCAAAGAUGUCGAGGAGAACGAGGGACGUCUGGACAUCCUCAUCAACAACGCAGGUAUCAUGAUGUGUCCUAAGUGGAAGACUGAUGAUGGCUUUGAAAUGCAGUUUGGUGUCAACCAUUUGGGACAUUUUCUCCUCACCAACUGUCUUCUUAACCUGCUGAAGAAGUCGACUCCAAGUCGCAUCGUCAUCGUCUCCAGUCUGGCCCACGAGAAAGGCAGCAUCGACUUUGAUGACAUCCACCUUGAUGUAGACUACCAGCGCGAGACAAGCUACAGGCAAAGCAAGCUGGCCAAUGUGCUCUUCUGCAAAGAACUGGCCUCCAGACUGCAAGGCACUGGUGUGACAGUGUACAGUCUUCACCCUGGUGUCAUCCGCACCGAGUUAGGCCGCCACUUGUUGCCUACUUUAGCUCUGUGGCAGAGGAUCCUAGUCACGCCAAUCAUGAUGCUGAUCAAAAGUCCCUCCGCUGGAGCUCAGACCAGCAUCUACUGUGCUGUCGACGAAAGCCAGGCAAACGCCAGCGGCCUCUACUACAGUGACUGUGCCCCCAAAAAGCCGGCACCACAGGCCCUGGAUGACGCUGCGGCCAAGAAGCUGUGGGACCUCAGUGCUUCCAUGGUCGGGCUGGCGUAAACACAACAGCCUGCUCCUUCUGCUGGAGUCAGCUUCCCUGUUUACACGGGUGAAUUUACCACGAUAAAUGUUAGUUGUAUCUAAUAGGUAUGGGUAUUGCAUUAAUAAUGAUUUGACCUCUUCUGGGUCUGAAAGAUUUGCUGCCCAAGUUUUGCACUAUUUAAUCUCAGACUCCAGUCAGUUGUGUGGAUAUUACAUUAUUAUAUUGAGCUCUAUUGUAUAUCUGUGUCCUUAUCAAAUUGAGACAAUGCUUGCAUUUUAAUGGACCAUUUAGGCUGAUUGUCUGUCUGUAUGCAUUUGUGGGCGGCUGUGGCUCAGGAGGAAGAGUGGGUUGUCUUUUUAUUACCAGGCUGAUGGUUCGAUCCCUGGCUCCCCCUGUUUGCAUCUCAAAGUGAGCAAGACACUGAACCCCAAGUUGCUCCUGAUGAGCAGGCCAGCGCCUUGUUUGCAGCUCCAUUAUCAUCCGUGGGUGAAUGGGUCCAUAAGUGGCUUUGUCCGGUGAAGUAGAAAGGAGCUAUAUAAACGCAGUCCAUUUCAAUAAGCAAUUCUUUUAUUUUAUUUUUAUUUGGAAUACUAAAAUGUCUACUUUUCCAAGGUAAUUUAAAUAAUUCAAACUGUUUCUUUUAUUCAUUACAACAAUCGACAACAUACAGUAAAAUGAUCGUAUAGUAUUUUUUAAUUAAUUCUGUAUAUCAAAUUAAAAACAUGUAAAGCAAUACUAUAUUUUCCGAAGAACUACAAGGAAAGGUAGAUGACAGUGUACCGCUUCAACCUAGGCUGCCGUUGGAGUAGUGAUGAAGUGUUGCAUGAAGGCAGAGGUGAAGAAAUUCUUGCUCUUCAGAAGAGAGAGGGUCCUCCACCAGGUGUAGAGAGGGAGGGGAGAGCAGUUAGGAAGCAGCCAGUAGCUCCUGAAGACUCGUCAGCUUGUGUGUGUGUGUGUGUGUGUGUG